AGUUCAAAAUGCAGUGGUUAAAAAAAGUUGUGAUAUUUUUGUGUGCUGUGACCAUUGCCAAAAGCCAACAGACAGUGAGCAGAAGGCAAAGUGCUGAGCCCAGAAGAUUAGAUGUUGGUUUUGUGAAUAUUGUCACUACUGGAUCAAUAUCCAACAAAGCUCCUCAAGGUGAAAUCAAUCAAGGAAAUGCGGGAUUGAAAGCAGGUGAAAGCACGAGUUCAUCGGAUCCAACCGCAGACAAGAACACAAACAAUUCCACAAACCCUGAAAUUUGCGAAUGCAAAAAGAGCAAAGAAGACUUCGUUCUUUGCACAGGCAGAGCCUGUACGAGGCUCCCCACAAAUCUGUUUGUUCCAGAUGGUCGCCUCAGGAUAAUGCGAACAAAUAUCACUGCCUUGACGAGCGAUAUGUUUGCAAAUUUGUCAAAUUUGGUUCACUUGGAUGUGCGGUCCAAUCCUCAACUGGCUGAGAUUCAACCCGGGUCCUUUGCCAAUUUGCAAUCCUUGACCAACUUGACACUUUCAUUCAAUAAGUUUGCCAAAUUAAGCCCCGAGUCUUUCAAAGGCUUGGUGAAUUUGCAGGAAGUGUUCCUGGUGCAGAAUGGGAUCAAAAGUUUGAAAGAUGUCGCUGCUGCCCUGAGACCAGCAAUUCUGCCAAACUUGUAUCAUGUUCAUUUGGGAGGCAAUGACUUUGGAAACAUUUUGGAAGGAGAUUUGGCACCUAUGGAAGGUUCUCCAAUCAAAGACAUUCAGCUGAUGUCCAGCAACAUCAAGUCCAUUCAGGCAAAUGUGCUACGGCCUUUGCAGCAGCUUGGAAGGCUAAGGCUCAGGGAAAAUAAUAUUUCUGCUUCAAAUCUAGUGAAUUUUGUCAAAUCUUUGCCAAGGUCUACAUAUGCUCUUGACGUGUCUGCUUGUGGACUGACUUCUGAGGACCUGGCUGCUCUUUUUAGUGCGCUUUCAGGCACUUCUGUUGCUGAACUUUGGUUGGUCAAGAAUAGUUUCCCAGUGGUGAAGAAAGGAAUGAUUACUGGCUGGCCAGGCUUGAAGAAGCUGAAUAUGAGAGAGCUUGGAGAAAACAAGUUCAAGAGCAUGCAGCGACUUGAGAAACUGCGUUUCAGAGGCAACAACUUGGGACACGUUGAAAAGGACACUUUCACUGGACUCGAAUCCCUGGUUUCUUUGGACCUGGAAUCCUGCAUGAUUUCAACAAUGGGUCCAGAACCUUUCUCCCACCUCAAGUCCUUGGAAACGCUAUUUUUGCAACGCAAUAACUUGACUUCAGUGUUUGACCCUUCGAACCCACCUCAAACCGGCAUUUUCAAGGGCCUGACUUCGUUGAAAACCCUGCGAGCGGAUAAUGCGAGGAUCGAGGCCAUUCAUAGAAAGUCUUUCAGUUCUUCUGACACGCCGAAUUUGCAGGCGAUUAAUCUGGAAGGGAAUCGAAUUGUGAGUUUCAGUGGUGGAGAAUUCACCGACUUGCGAGACUUGCAGAUUUUGGCACUGUCCAACAACCGAAUCACUGGCUGGAAUUCGCCGAUUUUUGGCGCAAAAGCCCCGAAGACACUGAACCUGAGGAACAACAAGAUCACUGUGCCAACCCAAGCCAUGUUACGAGAUUUCGCAGCUGUGCAAAGCUUCAAUUUGCGUGCGAAUCCUCUCAACUGCGACUGCGAAUUGCUGCCAUUUUUGGGCUGGGUUCGAGCCGAACCCAGGUACGCAAAACUCAAGUUAGACUGCGGUCAACCCCAGGAAUGGCGUGCAAAAUCCGUCUGGGAUUUCCACGCUGCUUCCGGAAAGUGUGACAAGGCCAACGAGACCGGAAGCAAAGACAGGAAGUUCAAAACCCGGGCCGGGUUCGGCAAAAGCUCUGCCAAUUCCAUCCCACAAGCUUCAUUAUUCCUCACUUCCGUCUUCCUUCUUUUUGUCCUCUUUUAACAAAAAAACAAAAACAUUCAGCAACGAAAAAACUGAACGAAACAAAAACAAAUAGUUGGGUUGCUUUUUUCCUGAAUCCGAAAGUCGUUUUGCGAUUUUUUUUUUCGGAUUGAUCUCGACCCGUGAUAAUUUUUCGCUAAUUUAUCUAAUCAACCCCGGAUGAGGACGAAGAACUGCUUCAUUUCCUUACUUUUUUUUUUUUAGUAUUUACCGAAAAUUUUCCUUCAGCUGAAAGAAAUUUCGUAAAACAUUUUGGUGGUGGAUCAAUUUACCUCCACUGAAGACAAUAAAACAUACAUUUUUGAUAAACA